CGACAUCAAACUACUUCCGAUCGAAAGUUUAUAUAUUGUUAAAAGUAAGACGUUUCCACCUUACUCUGCUUUCAAUGUCACGGCGAGAACUACAGAACGAUUUCCGAAUAUAUUUUGACUGCUAGAAGCGAAAUCCGAAUCAGAGACCAGGAUGCCCGAGGACGUGAUGGUGCCCGCCGGGGAGUACAAGCUGGUCAAGCAGUUCCGCAGGGAGCAGGAGAAGCGCCGCAAGAAGGACCUUCCGUGGUCGAAGCGGGUGUUCGACAUAGACGAGCACAAGCUGUUCGGGCGCACCGCCUGGGCUUGGUUCCGCAUCGUGUGCUUCUACCUGGUCCUGUACACCCUGCUCAUCCUCAUAGUGGCCUUUUGGAUCGGCAUCUUCAUGCUGGCGAUCAUCGAUCCGCAUAAGCCGCGCUGGCUGAAGGGUCCGCCGGGACUGUCGAUGGUGCCCUACAACACCACCGCGAUCUCCUUCUACGAGCACCUAAUGGGCGAGGUCAUUCCGAUUGCGGACGGAAUCGACGCUUUCCUGAACAAACUGAACGACGACGCCAUUGAGUUCUUCAACGAGUGCAACCAGGACGAGAUGUGGGGCUACGUGUCGCGGCAGCCGUGCGUCUUUAUCAAGCUGAACAAGGUAAUUGGCUUCCAGCCGGAGACGUACGACACGCAGGACGAUUUGCCCAAGGAAGUGCCCGCGGGCCUGGACGAAACCCUGAGGAAGUACGGGCCCACGCCGAAGAUCUGGAUCACCUGCGAGGUGAUCCACGGGCCCAAGCCCGAGAUCGUGUUCUUUCCGGGACCCUACUACGAGGCCUCCGAGAAGAUGACGGGCGUGCAGCGCGUGGUGGCCGUCCAGAUGAACAACAUGCCCGCCAACUCCGAGGUCAACUUCGUCUGCAAGGUCUGGGCCCGCAACAUUCCCAUCGACGACAAGUUCCAGGGCAAGGGUCAAAUCAAGUUCACCAUGCACGUGCGGGUGGACACUGCCAUGAAGCGCGACCCACCUCCCGAAAAGAACACCACAGCUACCCCAGUGGUCACCGUCACCGUGGCCCCCGAACCAGAGGUUAGGCCUGAAGAUCGCCGCGGUGAACUGGAAAUGCCUCCCAAGCCCCCCAAGGAGGACGACCCGACAAAUGGAAACUUGGAUGAGUCCAAUGCCGAGCCCCUAACGGAGCCGCCGAGCUAAAUGAACAUAGUUUUUUUGGGAAAAGGGGUCAAAAUCGAUGUGUGCCAAGUAGUGUUCCGAAAAUAAUUGUCUGUAUUUGGAUGCUAAAAAAUAUUGAUUUCAAAUUGUUUAGUCUGUUGGAUAUAAGAUUAAGUAUUAUUUCAUAUUGAAAAAUGUAUUUUAACUGUAUAUCAGUAAAGUUGGCAAACUAUA